GGUUUUUGGCUUCGCAAGAGGCCACCACUUUGCUCGUUCCCGGCAGGCAAGGAGCUAUUGCUUAUCAUUUCCACGGAUGCCACAAAUUGCUCCUCAGCUCUGAGGCGGCAAUUAUUGUGCCCCCACGCCACCCCAUCCCAUACAGGCAGCUUUUGAUACGCACACACCACAUUUCAGCACCACAGGCUUUUGGUCCUUGCCUGGUGGGUCCUGUUAUUCCUGGAAACAGCUCCAUCGGAGUUCUUUCAUCGAGGGGGGUUCCUGCCACCUUGCAUCCUUUGGGUAAUAACUUGCUGCAGAGACCCUUCCCGGCAGCCUGUUGCCUAGCAACCAAAAGCAGACAUCCACUAUCCAGGUGAGUGAAUUUGCCCCCUUGAGGCACAUCUCCUCCUCCUCGCCUCUUAAGUUGCGUUCCUCUUGGGGUAAAGUAGGGGUGGGGGAUCUUGUUUGUUUGUUUGGGGGGGGGUCACAUUCCCAUCUUGGGGGGGGGGGCUGCAUAACAGCAGCGGGAAGGGCCAGAAGUAAAAAGUCGGCAUAGCAAGAAAGGUAACGUUUAUGUUUGUAUAGUAAUCUGUUUUGUACACAUGCUCUAUUGGAGCAAGCAAAAGGUAUGGUCAAAGUCCAAGGGCACAUUCCAGCUUGGUAGAAACACUUAAGGAAGGCUGUUGAAGGGCCCAGCUCAGGAUAUAUACAUGUACUACCACACCACAAGAAUCCUGGGAACUGUAGUUCAGCCCGCGCAGAUAUACAGUUCCUUAACAAACUAUAGUUCCCAGGAUUACAGUGGUACCUCGGAUUAAGUACUUAAUUUGUUCCAGAGGUCCGUACUUAACCUGAAACUGUUCUUAACCUGAAGCACCGCUUUAGCUAAUGGGGCCUCCUGCUGCCGCUGCCCCGCCGCUGCACGAUUUCUGUUCUCAUCCUGAAGCAAAGUUCUUAACCCGAGGUAAUAUUUCUGGGUUAGCAGAGUCUGUAACCUGAAGCGUAUGUAACCCGAGGUACCACUGUAUUUGAGGCAUUCUUUAAAUGCAUGGGGUAUGUGCUGCCUCAGGAGGGAUGUUGCCUGGAGAGGGGCCUGAGGAAUCUGGCAGAGAGACCUGGAUGGGUACAUUUGGACUCCAGGCCUGAGUUCCCCGUCUCCUUGCUCUAGAUCCUGUAGGAGGCAGUGAGGGACCCUCUGGUUCAGGAGAACUCUACUUCCAAAAUCAGCAGAGGCAGAUCAGAUGAGGUCUGUUGCCUUCACGUCUUGCAGGUCGCUUCUGGGUACAGGGCACUCGACUAGAUACACCCUUGGUCUGAUCCAGCACAUCAGCAUUUGCACAGCGCCCUUGUCUCACUCAUCCCCCAACUUAGGCUGUGAAUGCACUGUGCAUUUAAAAUAUAUGCAAAACACAUUCCCCACCCCCUCAAAAUCAUCAUAAUUCUGGGAACAGUAGUUUGUUAAGGGUGCUGUGAAAUGUAGCUCUACGGGGGUAAACUACAAUUCCCAUAAUUCUUUUUGUGAGGUGCUUUAAAUGUCUGGUGUGUGCGUACCCAAGAUCUGGAGGGCCACAGGUUUCCUCAUCCUGUGGGUUACCACUUCUGAUUCAGACCUUGACUCCAGCCACAAGCAUGCAUAAAUCUGGCUACGCACAAACAGUCACCUCGUUCAAAAUAGUAAUGCGUAAUGUCAGAUCUGGUGGUUUAGGAAUUCUGAAUGUUUCACCAUAUGGGCUGACACAGAAAGAUGCAAGGGGGGUAUUUUAUUUUAGAUCUGUAUUUAUAUAAGACUUAAUAGUUAUAAUUUAUAAGCAGUGUGCAUACUUUUUUUAAGAACACUGUACAAAGAAUAAGAACAAUUGAAAUAAACCCUAGAAAUGGAGAAGAACCUUAAAAUGCUGAAAUUGGAAAGUCAUUGUCAAGCACUGCAGUUCAGCAGGGAACAGGAUGCGUUCUUAUCUCAGUCAGGAGGGUAGUUCCACAGGAUUGGACCCGCAAUUUUGAACACACCACUUCUGGUAGUUACGAGCCAUGUCUCUGAACCGUGGUAGAUCAUUAACCGAGACUCCCUCAAAUAUCUCAGUGUUUGGGCAGAGAUAUAUGGUCUCUGUGAUAGUCUGGACCCAAGUUGGGUAAAUUGGGUUUGUGAUACCUCAGAGCAUCUUAAUUCCAGGGUUGUGGGUUCAAGCCCCACAUUGGGCAAAAGAUUCCUGCAUUGCAGGGGGUUGGACUAGAUGACCCUUGUGGUCUCUUCCAACUCUGUGUUGAUUCUAUGACUCAGUAUAAGGCAGCAUCCCAUUUAAAACCAGCUCUUAAAAACUAUUACUUUUGAUUAUCUUAAACUGCUUAUCGCCUUCUGUACAAAUAGUAGUUUGGGAUAAGUAUUUGGUUGUUUAUGUAUUGCAUAAACACCAGCUUCUGAGUUAGGGUGGGAUAUUUCAUUAUUUAUCUGUGUGACAUUGUUAUAUGUUGAAAAAAUUGAUUAGAAAAAAAUAGACCAAUAGUCCUUUGGUAAUUCUCAUAGAACUCCAGCCCAAUGGUUGCCAUUAAUUUGAUUCUAAAUUGAUUUUAGAAUGAACUGAUUUUAGAAUGUAUUUCAAUUAAUUGAUUGUGAUUUUAUGUAAACUGUGUUACUUUUACUGUUGUUAGCCGCUCUGAGCCCAGCUUUGGCUGGGGAGGGCAGCAUAUAAAUAAUUUUUAUUAUUGUUGUUAUUAAAGUAAAUUAAAACACCCCUGUUUCCCCCUUCUACUGUGCUUCUCUUCCAUCUGUUACCAGGAGCCAUGCAAAUUCCAGGGCUGUUUCUGGUAGCGGCCUGGAUCCUGACCCUCUGCCCCCAGGCAUCACCGACAAGCAUGGGGCACCCUUUGCCCGUGCCCCUGAAAGAGAACCCCCUCUUCCCACAUCCCUCAGGGAGCAACGCCCCGGCAGUGAGCAAAGACAGGACCUCAUCGCCUGCUCCGGUCAAACCUUCUCUGGAUUAUCCUGACAAUCAACAUUACGACGAUUACGACUACCCUCUGACCUCAGAGCCCCAGACGCCCGGCCUUCCACAGCCGACCCAUCACCUUUGCAAAUACAACCCCUGCCAGCACCUCCAAGUGCCCUGCGCAGAGCUGAGCAGGGCUAGCGGGUGCUUGUGCCCGGGGGUCACUGGCCCAGAUGUGCCCCCCGAGCCGCCCCGCCUGCAGAUGGUCCACACGAGCGAGGUGGGAGCGAGCAUGCACUGGUGUGCGCCUUCUUCCACGGUCCAGGAAUAUCGCUUGCACUAUCAGCUAGUUGGUGAGGACUUCCUCACCGGCCCGGCCCUCAACAACACUUUCCGCUUGGCAGCUGUCUCAGGGUUGCUGCCAGAUCACGAGUACCUGUUCUGCAUCGUGGCAUCCAACCGGGCCGGAUCCAGCCCCACAGACGAUGGCACCCGGCAGCACGGGCCGUGCCGCCUCAUCCGGACUCCUGCCCACCAAAUGCCCUAUGCCUACAUAGCUGCGGGGCUGGCUGCCACCCUCAUCCUUGUGGUCAUCUCCGCCUUGGCCUGGCAUUUCUGCGUCCGCAACAGGAGGAAGCAUCCUCACCGCGGGUCGAUGGACAACAUCCUCGAUGCUGAGCCAGGCCUGGACGGAGCGGCAAACAGCUCUUUCCGCAGUGAGGAGCAGCUCUGAGCCGGGUGUUGGCGUCUACUGGCAAGAUGGUAUCUCUGUUGCUUCAGAGUUCGAGGCUCUGUUUCUUUGGGGGAGCUUCACUCGACGCCAUUGCUUUUAACAUGCUGUGUUUGUUGCUGCCUCCAGGGUGGAAGGGGCAGCGAUUUUGUGUUAUCCAGGCCUUUUUUUCAGCCGGAACUCGCCGGAACUCAGUUCUGGUACCUCUCAGGUGGGCGCCACUGCCAUUAUAAGAGAACAAGUGAGGCAUUUAUGGUGAGUUCCGGCACCUCUUUUUCUCAGAAAAAUAACACUGGUGCCAUCCAUGCUUUCUACACAGAGAUGGCAAGUGUUUUCUUCAGAGAUGUUUUCUUCAAAGGCUCUGUCGUUUUCGUGGACCUUUGCCCAGCUCUUUUCCUGCUGCCUCUGGGACGGAAGGGGAGCGAUUCUGAACUCUCAGCGCUGGGGAAUUUGAACCAGUCCACUCCCCUGAUCUUUCAUGGCCUGAGAGAGGGUGCACAGACAGAUCUGACCUGGACCACCAUUUUGAACAGUGGUCUACCAGGGCUGGACUUGCCAUUAGGCAGAAUGAGGCAGCGGAUUCAGGCAGUUAAAAAGAAGCAGCAAAAUGUUAGAGGACGGGACCCAGUGUCCUUGGGGCUGUCAUGAACAACACUGUUCCAUUGUCACCAGUGCUGAACUAACGCUCAACGUUGAGUCCAAUCUGAUUCUGUAUGUGGUUUGGAUGCAGGGCCAGUGAAGGGUGUGGCAUGGGGAGAGGGGGUGUGGCCUGGGGAUACUUCCAAGGGCCAGAGAGAGAGAGUUGGAGGGCCAAUUCAGACUCCGAGCCUGAAGUUCCUCAUCUCCAUCCUACAACAUACUGUUUCUUCUCCAGCAAAAUGUCUUGGCUCACCCCUGUACUCUACAUACCCCCUUUGGGGAGAGGACUGCAAAUAACUUGUGUCAUCGUCACUCUUAACUCUCCCCAAGUGCCCAGUCAAAGCCCCGUGGACCAGUUCAGUCAGCUCAAGAAGAAGCCAUGUAUUCAGAUCCUGCCAAAUUGUCAUUUCCAAUUCUUUCUUCUCUUGAAAAGGAUGGCUGCCCUUGGGAGGGAUGUGAAGACGGUCUUUUAAGAUGUUGCGAGAAUUUAUGUUUAUUUAUGUAUUUAUUAUCAGAGUUUUUUUAAAAAAAUAAAACAACAUUACAGAGGUACAAAACUUCAGAGAUAUCUACAACUAGUGGUGGGGUAGAAAUUUGAUUCAUUUCACGUUUAUAUGUGAAUCUGGAAAGAGACACAGCUCAGUGGACAGAGCUUCCGCUUGGUGGGUAGAUGGUCCUAUGUUCAAUCCCUGGCAUCUGCUGCCAGUCAGUGUAAGCAAUACUGAGCUAGAUGGGACAUUGGUCUAACUCAGUAUAUGGGAGUUUCCUAUGUUUUUACCUAAUUUGCAACUUUCCCAAAACAAAGCUCAAAAACAGUCCCAUUGUUUGAAAUUUGUACUUCUCUGAGUUUUGCAGAGCAGUUCUCCAAGUCAUGUGUAGAAAAAUGCUUAUGCUAGAUUGAAACGUGCCAAAAAUGCAUAUAUCUGUAGGUGGGGGAAGUAUUACAAAUGCAUUGUAUUAGAGGAAAUUGAUUUACACAAAUGCUUAUAUUAGACACAAUUGCACACCAGCAUGUGUGCAUUAGGAGGAAUUCGACUAAAAUGCUGAUCAAUUUUAAUGAGUACAAACUGAUAUUGAAAUGGGGAGAACUGAAUUUAAUAUUAGAAAAAUGAGAAAAAACAAAAUGGCAGAUUUGCUCAUUCGACGCCCACUCCAAGCCAGGUAUUCUCAUUACUGCACAUUGGUGUUAGUUGAUUGUCGCUGGAGGAAUUGGAGUAGAGUAAAAUGCUGAACCAUCA